AUUUACACGACGUUUUACAUUUAUUUUCUAAAGAAAAAAUUUGGAGAAAUCUCUAAAGUUUGCAAAAAAUGUUAUAUAACGAACAUUAUCAAGAAGAUAUUAUGUACAUUACGCAAUUAACGCGUAUCAUUUUAAUGACACUCGGAGUAUGGCCAUCUUUCAAUAGAAAAUCUGCCAACAAAAAACUUUACAAGUUCUUGUUAAUUUGUGUCUCUUAUAUUCUUCUUUACUGCGUUCUGCUCCCUGGUACUUUUUUCUGGCUGUUAGAAAAGAGAACAUAUGUCAAAAUUCAAUUGAUGCCUUUACUUCUUUUCGGCUUAAUGGCCAUAAGUAAAUAUGGUAAUUUAAUAUUUCGCGAAGGACAAAUAAAGCGCUGUUUGAAGCACAUCGAGGAAGAUUGGAAAAAUGUUAUCAGUACGGACGCACGUGAAAUAAUGAUUAAAUCUGCAAAGACCGGAAGACAUCUGGUUGCUCUUUGCGGAAUUUUCAUGUACGGUAGCGGACUUUCCUUCCGAACUAUUUUGCCAUUUGUAAAAGGAAAGAUUGUUAAUGCACAAAAUAUUACGAUCAAACCCUUACCUUGUCCGGGCUACUUUUUUUUCUUCAAUGCACAAGUCAGCCCUAAUUACGAGAUUAUUUUUGCGCUACAAGUUUUGUCCGGUUUAAUUACCUUUUCGAUCACAACAGGCGUGUGUGGCCUCGCGGCUGUAUUUGUGAUGCAUGCUUGUGGUCAGUUGAGAAUCCUAAUGGAUUUGUUGAAACGACUCGUCGACCAAGAAUGGCAAGAUAGUCAAGUUAUAGAUAAGAAACUUGCUGAGAUCGUCGAACAUCAAAUAAGAGUGCGAAAUUUUUUGAGACUGGUGGAAGAAACUAUGCAACAAGUAUGUUUAAUAGACUUAAUGGGAUGCACGAUAAUCGUCUGUAUUAUUGGAUAUUGUAUAAUAAUGGAAUGGGAAAAACACAAUCCAAUAGCAAUGUGUUCUUAUUUUAUAACACUUACGUCAAUGCUGAUAAAUAUGUUUCUGUUCUGUUAUACUGGUGAACAGCUAACAGUUCAGGCGGAGAAAGUAGCUAUUACAUCAUGCGAGCUUGAAUGGUAUCGUCUUCCGGACAAAAAAGCGCGUGGAAUCGUGUUGGUGAUAAUCAUGUCAAACUUGCCCACUAAGAUCACCGCUGGAAAAAUUAUGGAUCUAUCAUUUAAGACAUAUGGUGAUGUUGUUAAGACAGCUGUAACAUAUUUUAAUAUGCUUCGCAAUGUAGUUGACUGA